AUGGACGCCUUACACGAUGCCCUCCAAUGUCUCCUACCGACGUCCUGGGACGAGGUUCCACAAUCCCCCGAUGCGCUCCGUGAAUACGUCCGCGAUAUCUUCAAGAGCAGUCGGCUCGUAGCAGAAUCUCUUCCAGAUCCUCCACCAUACGACAUUACAGAAUACAAGGAGCUGGAAUCGCAGGCGCCGAAUUCCAAGUCCCGCACACGAAUCGUCCCGUCGCCCGCACGGGUAGGCGAGACCGACUCAGGGAUUACCUCGAUACAGAAGCAAUGGGGGAAGCCAAUAAAGAUGGGCGGUCCCAAAGAUAACCCUCUUGGAAUACACGUCUGGAAAUUGUCUUCCAAUGACGGGAAGGGGUCUUGGUUUGGGCGACGGAGCAUACACGACGGACUUCCAUUUUCACGGUGGAGGAAGAAGCUCUCUUCCGAAUAUGAGGAGACCUUGAAGGUUAACCAACGGAAAAUUGAGAAGGGGCAGACACCGGAUAAUUGUAUUCGUGGUAUUGGAGCAGAGCAAAAGAUUGAGUCCAUUGAGGUCAAAGAUGAGGACGGCUCCGUGCUAGGCCAGGUGACGGUCUAUCAUGUCUCAGCGCAAUUUCCCAAACCUACGGCGCCGCGGGACUUUGUGGCUAUGAUCAUCACAUCGGACGUUGGGCUACAAGUUGGGGGAACGAAACAACCUGGUCGGAGCUGGAUGAUGAUUUCCAAGCCGUGUGACCAUCCCGAUGUGCCGCGUAGGAACGGGUUUACCAGAGGCGAGUAUGAAUCUGUUGAGCUCAUCCGGGAGAUUCCCAGAUCGAGCAGUAACGGCGCUUCCAACGAGCAGGCUGUGGAGAAGUCAAAAGAGGCUGAGCCCAAUGCUACUAGCUCUUCGAGAGCAAACAACCACAGCAACGAUGCCUUGAUUAAAGACGGGCAUGACGCUGCAGAUGGCGACGACGAAGAAAUCAAUCCUGUUGAAUGGAUCAUGGUCACUAGGAGUGAUCCUGGAGGCAGUAUUCCUAGGUGGAUGGUUGACAAGGGCACUCCAAAGAGUGUCGGAGUAGACGCAGCCAAGUUCGUUAACUGGGCCGUGGAAGACGACAAGCCACGAAAGCGUGAGAAGCCCUCUGAAACUGCGCCCAUCGGGACAUCACGAAGCCCGGAAAUUCAACCCAGGGAUUCGACCGACAAUCUCAAUUCAGAUGAAGACAGUCUAUCUGAUUCAGACACGGACUCCGUGGAGACUGAUACUCAAUCUCACCACGGCCUGAUUGCCAGUGUGACUGGCUUGCUCAGCUCUGGUCUCGAACGAUUCGCGCCGCAAGCAUUUUUCGACUAUGUUCCACAUCAACGGACGGCGUCGGGUCAUCUAGUAGAUGAUACCAGUGUUCCGGAAGACGAGCUAGAUAAGAAUUCAGCUCCUCAGCCACAGUCAACCGUCUCAUCUGAAACGAAGCCGCGCGAUCCUCAUCUCGACCAAAUCUCGCUAUCAUCCGCGCACUCUGGACUAGGAACUCCAGCACUAGAUGAUCUCCCUCAAAACAACCUCCCACCGGCGGAAUUGAUGCAAAUCGCCAAAGCCGGUAAACUCACCAGCCACGAAAAAGACCUCGCCAAACUAGCUUUGCGCAAACGCGAAAUCGAUGCUAAGCUCGAAACCAUCCGCUCCGAGUUAGACAAGCUGCACAUCCCAGCACAAAGCAACCCCUCUACUCCCUCACGGGGUGUCUUAAACGAUAUAGACAGCGAUACAAGUGGAAUACAAAAGCGCACACCAGAGAAUUCCACCUCAAGCCCAGCCGCAUCCUCUCAAAAGACCAACGGUAAUAACGACAGCAGCAGCGGCGACACACCGUCGUCCGGACGGACGCAAAAAGCCGAACUCCCAGCCCAUGUCCACAAAGCUGCCACGGAGCUCCUUCAUGAGGAAUCUAAGCUGUUGAAGCAACUACGCAAGGUCGAGGCUAGCCAGCUCAAGGCUGCUUCUAAGAUUGAGGCACGUCAACGCAAGGAGGUUGAACGCUCGGAGAAGUCAAAGUCGAAAUCUGAGAAUGAGACUUUAAGACAGGAGGUGAAGGACUUGAAGAAGGAGAUUAGCCAGUUACGCUCGGAGCGUCAGAAGUGGGUGGAUCUUGUUUCUUCGUUGCAGGCGGAGAAUAAGAGGUUGGCUGGCAAGGAUGAGGAUAAUUGA